UGGCGGGCGUUGCGCUCUAGUCGCUUCCUAUCGCGAGCUAGCGCUAGCGCUCAUCCCUACCCCGAGGAACUUUGUCGUUUCGCAAUAGUUUAUGCUAGACCUGCAAAACGUUAUGGAAUCUGAGCUUUUUGCUCGGGGCUUCAAGUUCACCGAGACCUCCUAGUUUACCCUGGACUCACGGCGUUUCCAGAAAGAUGCGCUCAAUCAAAACAUUGACAUCCUCGUGUUCAAUGUAAAUAUUAUUUCCGAAGAAUCAAUGGUUUUUGCCACGGCUCACCGCCAAUGGUCACGUUGUAAGGUAGAUAUUGGGUGUGAAGUGCGGGCUAUGGUGGAUAUUGGCCUUUUCAGUAGCUCUCACACACUUUCCUCUCAGCUCAGUACCGCUGAGUGGUCUUACUGUCACCACUCUGCAGGAUCUUGUGGACAUGGUCUCCUUGCCCGAAUCUGUCUUUGCAAUCGAUGUCGAACAAGAUCACUAUAUCUUUUGGGUGGAGUUUCGGUCGGCUUCAUUCUAGCGUCCCCAUCCGGUACAUAUUUUGAUGCACCUGGCGAUCAACUUGUUUCUGUUGUGGGACAACCUGAAGUCUAUGAUGAUCGUGUAUUUGUCUACCGCUGCGUAGACAACACGGGCGACAUAGCUUCGCGCGCCACAUCCAUACAAGUGAUUGAUCGGAGGAAGGGACACACGAGAGUAAAAACGAGAUGGUCAUGUACAGCAAUCCACGCAAUCGACCGACGAAUGAUUGUUGCGAUCGGCUCCAGCCUUAUAACCGUGUACGCAUUGCAAGAACCCGAUAGGUCGCCUCAGCGCCGAAUCGCGUACCUUUGCCCGAAGCUCGGUUGUUCAUUACCGUCGUACAUGUAUUCCGAGGCGCAGCGGCCCAUACAGACCAUAUUCCCGGCUAUGUGCCAUCUCUCGUUCCGAAAAUUUGUACAAUCCGAAUUGCCAGACCUUCUCAUUCGCAAGCCUGGUCGCCUAGCUGUGACGUGUUAUAACGAAAAUAUAAUUUCGAAUCAUCCUGACACUGCUACAGUCUAACCGCACGUCUUUUUCCACACGUGGCCCGGAGAGGUUUUUGUUGGAAUAGGAUCAGCUUACUUUCACAUGGUUUCAAACUGGCU